AAGAAGGAGAUUGACCUCUUUGUCAACUGCUUGGAAGCCUCUAACCGUUUUGGACAAAGACACAUACUGGCAUUUGAGGGCGCAAGGGGCGCUGGGAAGAGCCAAUUACUUAAUCACCUGUCCCAGUUAGGCCAGUCUGCUGGCUGCAGGUACAGGGUUUUGUCCUGUAGUUUUGGGACACUGCUUCUUUCCAUCCCUGAGAGCCAUGGAACGCUCCAGCCCCUUGGCCAGUGUGCCUUGGCCUUGGACUGAAGCCUCCUCAAAAAGCCUCAUGGAGGCAUUCCAUAGUUAUCUCCUGCGUGCUCUGCUCCUGCCCCUGUCUCUUCGGGGUGUUGGAGGUGCUACUUGACCUGUGGUGUUUCCUCCUUCACAAAUAGAAGGAAAAAGCCCAAACUUGGUGCUUUGCAUUGGAUUCCAGAUGCAACAUAUAGCAGGGUGGCCUGUCUCAGAAGCCCUGCUUGCCCCCUGACUGUUUCCCAGAAGGAAUACUGGGCCAGAAAAGCCUUUCUGUGGCUGAGAGGCAGACUGCUAAGGUCUGGAGCCCAAAGGCAAACACCACUUGCUCCAUGAUCACCUCUUAGCUCUGCAAGUCCCUCUGCAGUAGGGAGGUAGGGAGACAUGGACCAGCGUUGCAGAGACCAGAACGGGUCUGGACCUAGCUCUCCCAGUGGCUUGGCAGCAACUGCCUCUCUGUGCCCUUUCUCUUACAAGGAGUGAAACUCCGGGUACCACUUUGAAGUGGGAGGCUGAAGAGUUCCCCCUAAAGGCAACUCCAGCUCUUUUGUCUUAGAAGACCUGGGCCGUUGGGGAUCUCAGUGCCUUUUGCUUUUGCAUGGCAGGGUAUUUGGCAUGGAACUGCUAGAGGUCAACGUGAGGCAGUCCUUCUCUGCCAUGCGUAUUCUGAUGGCCAGGGUGAUGGGCCUCCAUGAGUGUGAAUCGUGCAGUGCCAGGGAGCACGUGCUACGGACAAAUCUCAACGGGAUAAUUGAAGAGAGCAACUACUGCCUCCUCAAUGACAUCUUCCUUGUGAAGUUUCCCAUUUCAGACAAGGUUCGCCAAAUGCAUGAAAUGCAAAGGAAAGAGGAAUUGCAUUCAACCUGGGCAAAAGUGCUAGAGAAGACCAUUGACAGAAAUGCCAUAUUUGUCAUCGACAAUGCCCAUUUCAUUGACCCCGCCUCCUGGAGUAUCAUGGCACCUCUGCUCUGGAACAUCUCUGUCUUCAUGGUCAUGAGCUUAUGUCCCGGCUUUGCAAGAACCGAGAGCUUUCACAAAGCCACAGCAAACAACCUGAUGUCCCAUAAAAUCAUCUGCUUUCAACUAGAGAAGCUGAAACCUUCAGCUGUGGCGCAGAAGCUCUGCCACGACCUUGGAGUGGUCAGCAUCCCUAGGGCUUUAGUGAGGUUCCUGGUCCAAAGAAGCUUGGGGAUCCCGUAUUACUUGGAGGAGCUGGUGCACUUCCUUCGUUGCAACGACAUGCUCUUGUUCCGCACCAAGAAGUGGGGUGAAAAAGCAGAGGACAGCUGGGAGAACCUGAACACUUUUGCAGUCUUGGAGUCAUCCCUCACAGCAAGCUCAAGGUCCAGAGCAGGGGCUGCGGCCAUGAUCUGCAUUGUAAGGCCAGGCGUGAACCUGGACAGCACCAUGCUGCCCAGUAACUUGAAAGAGAUUGUGCUGGCUCAGCUGGACGAGAUCACCCCACUGGAGCAGACAGUUUUGAAGUUUGCAGCCAUCAUCGGGCCGGUGUUCACUACGCAGCUGCUGUCAUACAUUCUUCCGAUUAGAAUGAGGCACAAGAUGACUACCUUGUUGGACAGUCUAGUGAGUGACAACAUCCUCAAGUGGAUGGAGAGCACUGAGGAGCCAGAAGACGUCCAAGAUCCUAGCAAGGAGCCAGCCACCCCUCCGCAGGCAGAGAUUGGUGUGGAGACCUCCCCCCCAAGCAAGCAGAGUGUGGGGUGUCCAUUUGGUGUGCUGAUGUUCCAUAAGCCGCUGCUGCGGGAGGCUGCCUACGAGCUGUGGGUCCAGAAACAGCGGGUCACCCUGCACUCCAAGUGUGCUGCCUUCCUGGAGCGGUAUGCACACAAAUGCCAGAGCUGCGGCCAAGGGGACUUUAUUGUCUUCCACCGCUUCGCUGUCACCAGCACCCAGGACAAAGGGAGCUGUAAGGACUUUGAUGGUGGGGAUGACCCACACACCUGGAAGGCCUUGGUGCUGGCUGGAAAACAGCUGAAGAAGGAGAGGUUUUACAUCUCUGCAGGUAUUACAGAUACUCAGGAGGAGCAGCAGCAGCAGCAAGCUUUUGUGGAAGAGGAUUUUGGUGCGACUGACAGAGAGGACAACAAUGCGCUCUCAUGUGACUGCAAAGGCAUCGUGGAGUCAGUGCUUGUGCCAUUGGUUCACCACUACACAACACUGGGCAAUGCUGCCAGAGCCUUUUACUAUCUUCUGGAGACUGCAGCUGCCUACCUGCAUGUCUCCAACUACUACAUGGCCCUCAGGAAGCUGAGCGAAGCAGAUAUCCUGAGGAACACUCUAAAGAGUAAAGCGAAUGUGAUAUCCCGCUUUGAAGAUGCCACCUUCUUCAGCCUCAAAGGGGAGGUCUGCUACGGUGUGGGACGCACAGAGCUGGCAAAGAAAAUGCUCAGAAAGGCUUUGAGCCUGCUUGGAAGGCCAUUUCCCCGGAACCGCGCUGAAGACUUUGUCAGGUCGCAGGUUGAAAAAUUGCAGUGUGCCGCUUACGUUGCCAGAAGAGCAUCUUCCCUUCCACAGAAGGCCCAGAAGAAGAAGCUCGCCUGGCUGCUGCGGCAGAGCCGCUGUCUUUCCUUACUGGAGCACCUCUUCAGGCUGGAGGGCACUUCUGCUGGAUGGAGGCAGUCCUGCCUGGCAGCGCGCAUGAGGGCCAGCACAGACAGGGCAGUGGACUUCUAUCUGUCAGCAGCCUGCGCGAGCGAUGAUGCUGGCUUGGAAAUGAUCAUAUAGUUCAUUACCACCAUCUAUCUUACAUUUGGAGAAAGACGAUACCCUCCAAAUAUUUGUAGUACCGUAAGAAGCAAUA